AUGGUUAAGGUCCGGUCCGCCCGACGCGGCUGGGAUUCAGUUCGCCCGACCAGGCUGGGGUCCGGCCUGCCUGGCGUGGCUGGAGUCCUAUUGGCUCGGCGUGGCUGGGGUCCUAUUGGCUCAACGCGGCCGGGACUCUGGGGCCCGGUUUGUUCAGCAUGGCUAGGGCCGGGCCCGCCCGGCGUGGCUGAGAUUCGGCCCGCCCGGCGUGGCUGGGUCCGGAUCGCCCGGCGUGGCUGGGGUCCGGUUCGCCCGGCCUGGCUGGGGUCCUGCUGGCCUGACGUGGCUGGGGUCCGGUUUGUUCAGCAUGGCUAG